UGUACCUUUUGUGGCAGUGAAAACUCUUGUGUGACAUUUUCCCUUGUGAACGACACUUUAAAUAACAAAUGCAAGAACCAAGAUUGGUACUUCAAGCAAUGUUUUGGUAGGUUUUAUCUUUUUUUUUCCAAAGAUAUCACUCAAAUGUGGUCUUCUUAUACAGUUCCAAAAGAAAACUGGUGAGAUAAAGGGCAGGGCGCAGAAAGCUUUCCAUUUGAAAAGAGUGCGAAGCGAAGGGUAGACUGAUAUGACUCGAGGACACUCGCGAUAUUCAAACGGAGAGCUUUCUUAUUAUAGAAAAUCAACGCUUGAUGAAAUAGGCCACUUCCGAGUUCCAAAAACUCUCACUCUCAAAAUGAGGCCAGGUGCACAACCUUUCUUGUGAAAAUGAGUUUAUGUGCAUAAGAAUGAAAAAUCAUUUCCAUACCAAAGGCUGAGAACCUACCCUCGUUUUGAAACAGAGGCCCGGAGGAACUAGGAAAUGGUCCGUUAACGGGAAUUUCAAAAGUUAAUGAACCCCGUUCCAGUUCUGCCAGCAACUUUGGAACAAAGAUAAAAGAAAGAGAUAGUUCUGCUUCACUUUUCUUAUAUAUCAAGAGAUUUUGUGUCUAAUUAUUUUACAGUUAAUGGCAAGUCUCUCCUUAUUGCUGUUCCCGUAACUGUUUUUGUCGUUCUUGUACUUCUGGUUUGCUGCUGUUGCUGUUGCUGCUGCAAAGGAAAAAAAUGCAGAGGAUGUGGAAAGUGCCUUCGUAACAUUUUUUGUUGCUGCUGUUGUUGUUGCGAUGAGAACCGUUCCAGUUCCUCAGGUCAGUACGUACAGAUAUGCCAGACCUAGAGAGAAUUAAAUGUCAGAGAGCUAGGAAUCACGCAAUCUAUAGCCCUUGGGAUAUGUGAAUUUCACCAAAGUUAUUUUUUGACCAAUUGAACGCUUGAAAUUUAUCGGGAAUUGGUUUCGGUCUGCAAACUUUUAUUCAGUCUUGCCAAGAAAAAAUGAUGGGACAUUAUGCUCUCUUGGUGUGUCGCCAUUACAAAAUUCUGCACUAUUUGCUUUAAGGCACUAACGCAUCGAAUUGAUAGCGUUUCAAACAGUCGAUUUAAAUGUGUGGACGUCCCAAGAAUUAUAAUUCCGUUUAAUUACAACCUCUAAAAAUAACUUAAGUGAAAUUCACAUAUCCAGGCCAACGCCUUAAGAUUCCCUCUCUGCCAUAAUUUUCUCUUGGCCAAACCUAGAUUUCCUUCUGGUUUUUCAUGUUUUACAAACCGUGGAAUUUGACCUUCCCGCAGGCCAAAAAGUUACUCACGGUUGAACAGCAGUAGACUAUUGGCUCAACAAUGCCAUGGAAGAGAAAUAAAGGGAAGAGGGAAUUCGGCCGUGCGAGGAUGUGAAAGGCACGUCUAACUGGACGAUUGCCAAGUGGGGGUGGGGAGGUGGGGGGGGCUGGGGUACAGGUACAAAGCACCUUGAAUUCUAAUUCUAUUGGUUCUUCACGCCUUAAUCAACCUAGUCGCUAGUGGAGUUUAAAGAUGCUUUCUUAUAUUCGAAAUUCUUUACAUUUUCCUUAGGUAAAAGUCAUGGAUUGCGUAGCGGUGUGAAAAUUCCAAUGACUAGAAGUGCUGCUUCUCGGAUUCAAAGUGCCACCGCAAGACGUUAUGGCGGUGUUUCAAAAGGGAGUUUUUCUUCUCGGGCUCAGUCGACUGCAGACCGGCGUGCAUAUUGGGGUAUUUACUAG